AUGUAUGUCCUACAAUCUCGCAGAGAGGAGCUGCGUAGGCAGUUUGAGUGGUUGCGCCAGAGGGAGAUGAUCAUGUCGCAGUAUGAGUUAAGCUUCUCCGAGUUAGAUCCUCAUUCCAUAUGGUUGGUCUCGACAGAUAGAGCAAGGAUUAGGAGGUGUGCUUCAAUAGCUGCUUUUGCAGUUCCAGCUGACCUCCCUCUUGGCCGCUUUUGCGGCUUGCCUUCCGCUUCUGCGAGCAUCGCACCUGUGGCCUCCCAAUUGCAGGUGUGGUCACGCAGAUGCGAUAAAAGGGGUUGCGGAUGCGAGAUACCUGGGCAGAAGAUUUGGGACGGUUGGACGCUGACUCCAGAGGCAAGGGCAUCACAAAGUAGAGACUUGAUCGGUUUAAGCUACUUCCUAGGCGGGGGAGGCACUCAAAUUCCUAUUGCCCAUACACUCGAGCAGGUUGUUCAAGGACAGCAAACACCGGAGGCACCACCAGCCCAAGUGGUUGCACCUGCUCAAGAUUAUGUGUAUUUAUNUGUAGUCGCCGACGAAAACUCCGGCAGCCGUCUUCGCAUCUACUUACCUGAACGAAAAGACAAUUCCGUCAAUAAGCUUCCCGUCAUUCUUCACUUCCACGGCGGCGGCUUUUGUAUCAGCCAAGCCGAUUGGUUCAUGUACUACACUGUCUACACGCGCCUAGCGCGAGUGGCCAACGCAAUCAUCGUCUCCGUCUUCCUCCCCCUCGCGCCGGAGCACCGCCUCCCUGCCGCCUGCGAUGCCGGUUUCGCCGCCCUCCUCUGGCUCCGGGAACUCUCCCGGCAGCAAGGACACGAGCCCUGGCUCAACAAUUACGCAGAUUUCAACCGAGUAUUCCUCAUCGGAGACGCCUCCGGCGGGAACAUAGUCCACCAAGUCGCGGUCAGAGCCGGCGAGGAAAACUUAUCUCCACUACGACUCGCCGGCGCAAUUCCGAUCCAUACAGGGUUCGUGCGGUCUUAUCGGAGCAAAUCGGAGUUAGAACAAGAGCAAACGCCGUUUUUAACAUUAGAUAUGGUUGAUAAAUUUCUAGGGUUAGCUUUACCCGUAGGGAGCAAUAAGGAUCAUCCAAUAACAUGUCCGAUGGGAGAGGCGGCGCCGGCGGUGGAGGAGCUUAAAUUGCCGCCUUAUUUGUACUGUGUAGCGGAGAAAGAUCUGAUGAAGGACACUGAAAUGGAGUUUUACGAAGCUAUGGAAAAGGGGGAAAAGGAUAUAGAGCUGUUUAUCAAUAAUGGAGUGGGACAUAGCUUUUAUCUCAACAAAACUGCUGUUGAAAUUGACCCUGUAACUGCUUCUGAAACUGAAAAGUUUUUAGAAGCCGUUGCAGAGUUCAUCAGCAAGCAUUAAAAGGAGAAAUUUUGUGGUUCAAAUAAGCAUGGGAAUUUCGGAGAAUAUAUAUUGCAUGAAUAUCUCAAAUAUUUGUGGUUUUUAGUUUGUUGCAUGUUCAAGAUUUUGUAUGUACCGUCUAUGUCAAGUUGAUUGUCACGUUCUAAUGGUUUUGUAAUUAUAAUUAUAAGGAGUAAAUUUCUAUUGUUGCACAGAAA